AUGGCUUCCAGUCCCCACGUGACCAUUUUUGUCCUGGUGUCCUCCACUUUGGCACAAAUUGUUGUUUCAGAUUUUUCUAAAGCAUAUGACGUCUCUCAAUGGCCUAAGCCCCAAUGUGAAAUGUACUAUCCAGAAUAUAAUUAUCCAGCACACUGUCCUGAUGUUACAUCUUAUAUUUGUGCUACAACUGGCUACACUUACAAGAAUGAGUGUUUCCUAUGUGUUGAUCAGGCGUCAAAUAAUAAUAUUCAAUUUGAAAAACAUGGAAGAUGUGAAGACUAGGUAACAGAGUGUCUACACUUGCUUAUUCUUUUGACUACUAAAUUGUGAAGAUUAUUCCUCUUGGAAUUUGAGGGUAUAUAUUAAAUAACACACCCCUA